AUUUAGACAUGGAAGUGUAUGGUAGGAGACUGGGAGGAAUUGGGCUGGGGAAGGAGAGUCCUGUUUUUUGUGUGAAAGCUAAUAAAAGUCUUCCAACAGUUACAGUCUCUCGAUCAAAUUAAAUAUUUUGAUCAAACAGAGUCCUGUCAUGAUGGUCAAUUGUAGCUCCCGGACUCCGAUGACUCAUCCUGAAAUGGAGCCCGCAAUCUGGAGCCGGUUACCGGAAGAACUUCUUGAACGUAUACUGGCUUUCCUCCCUUUCAGAACCUUCUUGAAUCUCCGAUCUACUUGUAAGCGCUUCAAUUCUCUCCUCUUCUCUCCAUCUUUCAUCUCCCUUCAUUCUUCUUCUCUCGCAGUCGGACACAGAACCCAAACUCAUCCACCCUUCUCUUCUUUUCUUCUACUUUCUCACCCUCAGUUUUACCAUCAGGUCAUUCUCUAUAAUUCUUUUCAGGGCCAUUGGCGCUCCCUCACACUACCGUCGUCCCACGCAACAUCCCACCUGCUCUCCACCUCCAACGGCCUCCUCUGCUUCUCCCUCCCUAAUUCAUCUGCCUUCCUUGUUCGAAAUCUCCUCUCCAGAUCCUCCAGACUCAUCGAGUUUCCAACCUACCCUUUCUCAUUCAAUUCGGUCUCUCUCAUCUCUUUGCCGUCAAAGGGAUACAAGAUACUUGUGCUAUCUACCGGGUCAUCUUCGAAUUCGACUUUCGUUUACGACUCGAACUCCAAUUCAUGGAGCCGAUUCGAGGGCUUCGACCAGAUUCUUAGCGAGAAUUCUCACCAGGAAGGGGUAUUCUGUAAUGGACACCUGUAUUUUACAACUCCGGAGCCAUUCUCCAUCGUGGGUUUUGAAUUGGAGACGGGGAAGUGGGCAAGGCCGACGGAAGCGGAGCUGCCGGAGGAGCUCACGUUCGUUCGAUUGGUGAAGAGUGGAGAGGGGAAGCUGUAUAUGAUUGGUGGGAUAGGGAGCUAUGGGAUAUCGAAAAGAGUAAAGUUAUGGGAGUUGGUAGAAGGGAGGGAUUGGGUAGAGGUGGAGAGGCUGCCGGAGAUGAUGUGCAGGAAGUUUACGUCGGUAUGCUACCACAACUACGAGCACGUGUAUUGCUUCUGGCACGAUGGGAUGGUAUGCAUUUGCUGCUACACGUGGCCAGAGAUCUUGUAUUACAAGGUUUCAAGGCGGACCUGGCAUUGGCUGCCUAGAUCCCCUUACCUGCCCGAGAAGUGGAGCUGUGGCUUCAGGUGGUUUUCCUUUGUUCCCGAUAUAUAUACUUUGGUCUGAAUUCUUAUAAGUUCAAGUUUCCACUCUGUUAUUUCUGCUUGUUCCUGUGUUUGUUUGAGAGAGAGAGAGAGGGAGGGAGGUUUCUUCUUCUGUUGGUUUCACUUUUCUUCUGCAGUUCCUUUUAUUUAUCAUUGUAUACAAAAGUUACUGAGAUUGCUUUGAGCUUAUAUUGUGGUGGACAUGAUAGUUCCAGUUGAGUGUAAUGUAGCAGUAGUUGUUCUCCCUAGCUAUUCUAUGCUUAUGUGAUCUGAUUGAGCGAUUCCCUUGAGAUGGGUUUGGGUUAUGUAGUUCCUAAUUGGCAAAUGGCAAUGAAGCUGGUCCUACUCUUUGAAGAAUGAAGUUGAAUGGGAGCCUAUAUUCUAAA